AUGACAUUGAUAAACGAAUGCCUGAAUUGCUCUAUUUUCCGAUGGUCGGGACAGUACUACCGACAACUUAGAGGCCUAGCUAUGGGACAAAGGCUGGCACCCACUCUCGCCAUUGUUUUCAUGGCCAAGAUCGAAAAGCCUAUAAUAGACCGCAAACCACUGCUGUAUUAUCGUUACAUAGAUGAUUGCUGCGUCGUCUGCUCAACCCAAGCAGAACUAGACGCGUGCUUCAAUCUUCUCAAUCAGCAGUGUCCGCACAUCAAGUUCACAAGGGAGAGACCGAUAGACAACUGGUUGGCUUUCCUGAAUGUGCACAUUUACUUGCGGAAUGGGAUAUCGCAUCCCAGCAAAAUGAAAAAAUCUGUUAUAGGAAACAUGUACAGAACGGCGGCAAGAGUCUCAUCGAGUAGCCAGGAAAAAGCAUGGUCUAUAAAUGUGGCCCAUAAAGUAGCAAUGUCCAAUGGGUACCCAGCUGGAGAUGGUGCUACCCGACAAGCACGGUAUCCCUCUCGAAGACCCAACGUAGUGGAUGGCCCAGAGAAGAUCCCUUUCUGUUUACCUUAUAUAUCUGAUGAUAUGAGCAGAGCAGUACGGGGCUGUCUACGAAAAGCGGGUCUAAGGAAUGACGUGAGGGUUGUGGAAAUACCUCCAGCAAACCUCAAGGCGAAGCUGGAUUCCACAGACUAUAAAAAACAGAGAUCUCUCCCCUCAAAAGCACCACAAAAAAGUCGCAGAGAUUUUAAAAGGAAUUUUCUGAUCGGAAUAAAGAUUCUUGUCUUUUUUGAAGUUUUGGUAAUGAUUGGUCUGGUAUCAAUGUUCUACACAAUGGCUGUCAAAAGACUGAUAACAGAUAAAAUUAAAUGGGAACUAGAGCAGGUACCUGGUACUGGAGUGUUUGAAGAGUUUGCAGUAUCCUCAUCUUCCGAGACCUGCAGCGAACUGGCUAGGACAAUGUACAUAGAAGGAUAUCGAAGCAAUAUUAUUGCGGCAACACUGCAGUUCUGUCUCAAUCUGCAGCAGCCCGACCGAAGCGGCGACCUCGGACAGUCUGUUGCGGUUCACUACAGUCCUGAAAAGGGGUGCAGAUACACGCAAGGCCUUUCGACUAUACCAAAAAACGCGGAAUUGGUUCAAACCUUUGUCCAUGCUGUCAAUGCUGACCCGUUUUCGGAAUCGAGAGGUCCUUACUCGGAACUGUUGCCGUUAGCCUCGAUAACUUUGCUAGCUCUUAUUGAAAACACGACAGCAAGCGAAUUGGAGGAAGCAGCUGUGUUGAUGCAAGCAGAACACGGGGAUAAAAUCAUCUCAUUGACCACUCAUGCAAUAAAUCCUGUGGAAUUAGGGUUCCUCAUUAGAGAAGAAAUGCUCUUCAUCAAAGGCGAAGAAUUUACUACAAGAGAUAGAGGAGAAAUAACGACGAUAACGGAAUUUGAAGAGAAAGUGAAGUGCUUUAUUUCCACUACAACACUUCGAGACGGAGAUGCCUUGAAGGAGCACAUCAAAGAACAUUUGAUGCCAAACCCCUUGCACUAUGGGGAUCCUUUCACUUCUGACUAUUCUCCUCUGGAUGAGGUGGGUAACAAAUACUGGGUUAAAAAGGCGAUGCAAUACGAUGCAGAAUCACGUAGUUAUUGCUAUCCUGGUGAUCCUUCAGUCGCUCCACAAAUUUUUGAAGCAGUGCAUACGAUGUCAGAUAUCAAGGUAGACGAGAUGUUCGACUUUGUUCCGGACCAAGCAGCUUCUAUAUUACAUGAUGUGAUGCACACAAUAUAUGAUACAAUCGCGAACUACGAAGUUCCAAGUGAAUGGGUUUCGCUCUACAUGGUGAGCAAUCAAACAGAGUUUGAAAAAAGUGGUCUGAAAUCAAAUAUGUUCACUCUUGCGAUGGGGAACGAAGCUUACGCAUUUAUAGGAACUCUUGGAACAUCAUUUGGAUCGCUCUCGACAACACCAUUUAUGAACAAUUUGGUGCACAAUGUGGUGAAAAAUUUCGCAGUAGCCAAAGGAUUCGCAAACUCUUUACAUCCUUUUAUAGGACUGCAGAACAACACAGUGACAAUAGCGUAUGCAGGAACUCCAGGAUUUCCAACUGUUAGCCUGGGUAUACCUCGAUUGCUAAGUACUAUCAUCCUCAGUACACUAUUUGGCCACAACCUGGAAGAAGCUGUUAUUUAUCCUCUUUUGUACCCUUUGCCUAAUGUGGAUAAUUUGUACAGAUACGAGCAUCCUUAUAGGUCUCAAUUUGAUAAAUAUGUGAGCGGAGCUGGUAAAAAGAUUGUAAAUGUCCCUGGUAUGUUUGGAGACUCGAUCGCUGCAAUUUCUCGUCGACCUGACAAAUACGGCCGCCAGAAAUUUGUAGCUUUUUACAAAAACAAAAAAACGCCAGGACGACAAUUCAACACCAGAAUAAUCGGACUCUAA